AUGCAUAUUUGGUUUCUGGCAGUGGUCCUACUGAAUGGAGCCCGCGCGGUCUCAGUCGAGCUGCCACUCAACAAGACAUCGUGGCAGCAGUACAUUGUAUCGCCGCAAAGCCGCCACGUCGUCCCCUCCGCCAUUGCCAUCUCGACUGGCAACGUCUGGAAUGCAGACGCCCUGAUUUCGGGCAGCGGCAUCGCGCGCUUGACCCGCGCGCAAGAACAAUAUCCCACGUGGCCAUCAGGGACCACGGCCGAGGCGUCAUCAGAGGCUGGGCCUAACACUUCCGGUAGUUACUAUGCUGCCAAUGCGAUCGAUAAUAAUCUGACCACCAUCUGGAAUGAUGCUACCGCCAAUCAAUACCCCGAUGUCCUGACGAUUACAAGCCCGUCGCUGGUCACCCUGGAUGGCGUCACGCUGGAGAGCAGCACUGAGGGAUACCCGGUCAACUUCACCGUUGAGACCUGGAACGGCUCCAGCUGGGCUGUGUCGGGCUCAAUUACAGGCAACAAUGAGACCCGAUGCCAAGUGCCUUUCUCACAAAACGUCACCACAGACCAGAUCCGGCUGACUGUGACGGCGGACCAGCCCUCAGCCAGCGGCGAUUAUACACGUGUGGUGGAACUCUGGCCGGGCCUCGUGCCCCUGAUCCCAUCCGUUGUGCUGGAUUUCGGUCAGGACGUUGUAGGAUUCCUACAGAUCGAGUUCGCUGGCGCAUCAACCAACGCACCCGGCAUCCGAAUAGCCUUUUCGGAGACCCUCGAAUACCUGACUGACGUGUCUGAUUACAGCAGAUCCGAGCGUGGUAGCGGCUCCUCCAAGCUCACCCCUGGAUCAGAUCAGAUUGCCGUAGCCAGCGCCCCUAUGAAUUGGACCGAUACCAACGGAUGCAAGUAUAACGGGAUUCAAGUGUGUGCCGACGGCCUCCAUGCCUUCCGGUACGUCAAAAUCAGCUUGGAUUCUAUCUCAUCCGACGAGCCAUAUACCAGCAACUGGGGGUUCGUUGACAUCAAGUCCGUCUCGCUCAAUUACACAGCAUAUGUCGGAACCCCAUCAAGCUACUCUGGAUGGUUUGAGUGCUCUGAUGAACAGCUUAAUCAAUUCUGGUACGAUGCUUCGUAUACCAACGAGAUUACCAUCGAUACCUUCUUGAAGGACACAACCGAGCCACGAGGGGCAGAUAGUCCGACUCUGGAUGGCAAAACCGUCAUCUUCGAUGGAGCCAAGAGAGAUCGCGACCCCUAUGUUGGCGAUAUUGCUGUUUCUGGUCGCUCUAUCUAUCUCACCCACCAAGAUGCUAGUAUUGCCGCUUCUAAUGUUCUGGCCGAUCUUGCCCAGCACCAGUCUAGCAAUGGUUGGAUCCCACCAGCAUCCAUCAACAAUUACACUUUACCCCUGUUUGAUUACCCCUUGUGGUGGGUCGCCACCAGCUGGGACUAUAUUCUGUACACGGCCGAUACUGAAUAUGCGUCGACAUACUACCCUAACCUGCAAGCUGUGUUGGAUAACUGGUACCCGUCCAUGACCGACAAUUCAACUGGCUUGCUAGAUAAACCGACUUCAUAUGGCGAUUAUGCUUUCCUGAGUCGAUAUGGGGCAAUCACGUAUGAUAAUGCCUUGUAUGUGCUUGCAUUGAACAAUGCUGCCAGUAUCGCGACCUUUCUGAAUCUCUCGGACGACGCCACUAGAUGGCUGCAAAGAGCCGACCAGGUGUCUCAGGACGUAGACAAGUAUCUCUGGGACUCGGAAGUGGGCGCAUACCUGGAUGUUGCGACUAAUAAAACGCGUCAUGGCCAGGAUGGCAAUGGUCUCGCCAUCAUUGCCGGUAUUGCAAAUGGCACCAAAGCUCAGUCGGCUCUCGAUUAUCUAGGCAACAAAACCGCUUUAUCAUAUGGAAAUUCGUUCAUGGACGAUAACUCCAUCCCUGGUUCUGAUGGAUCCACUCGGGUUUAUGCGUUUACGUCUUAUUUUGACAUCCAAGCCCGAUUCCUUUCCGGAAGGGCCGAUUCCGCUAUAGAUGAAAUACGCCGGUUAUAUGGAUGCAUGACAUCUCAAGAUCCGGGUACCACCUUUUGGGAAGGAAUCAAUAAUGGGACGGCAUAUGAGCAAGGCACCACCUCCAUGGCACAUGGAUGGUCAACUGGAGUUUUACCUGCUCUGUCUAAUUAUGUCCUUGGCCUCAUCCCAAUAGCUCCCGGAUAUCAGCGUUUCUCUAUUAACCCAUCUUUCCCCUCUGGUCUCAGUUGGGCACGCGGUCAAGAAGCCACCGCUUAUGGUGAUGUCUAUGUCGAAUGGACCUCUGUCAACGAUGUCAUCACAAUCAAUUUCACGUCCCCCAACGGUACUCUGGCCGAUGUCACCGUACCAAAAAAGAACUCGGUCAAACUGGAUGGAACAACCGUCUGGCAUUCAUCAAAUCAGACUAAGACAGGGAUUGAGGUACAACAAGGUACCGAUUCGAUUAGUUUGAUUGGUGUGUCUGGUGGUCAGCAUAUAGUUGUGUCGUCGUGA